AUGUUAUUUAUUAUAUUCAUAAUAACACUUGUUGUUGUUUCAUUCUCGUAUGAAUGGUGCGACAACUCGAAUGGGAUUAUUAGUUAUGGUGUAUUUGAAACAUGUACCAAGAAAGGGCGGUCAUAUACAACAGAUACAAACGAUUAUGACCAUUUCAGUUUUGAUGACACUUGUUGUAUUUAUAACACAAAGACUUUAGCAAAUACAGGUACUUAUGCUCGAAAUUAUCAGAAGUAUUUUCGGUUCCAAGGUAACAUGUCCAAUUUUAAAACUUUUUUUAUAAAAGAACAUUAUCCAAAUACACUUUACGACUUUUAUGAAGACACAAGAUAUCAAUCAUUUUUCAUAUCUUUUGGUUGUUUUGGAAAUGAAGGUUAUUGUCGAAAAGAAGUUUCCGAUUCUUCAAAGCCAAUAAUAGGACUUGAGUUACGUUCGGUUUCACUGUUUUCUGAUAUUGAUCAACGCUUUGACAUUUGGCUAAAAAGAAACCCGACUUCAAUUCCAUAUGUUCAUGUUGAUGGAUUGGUCUCUCAAACAGUCAAUUUUAAUUUCAGUGAUAUGUCGGCUUGGGAAGGUGUCUAUUCUGGGUCGCGUUAUUUGUUUAGCGGGUCUUCUCAAGUUGAUGAAAGUCGAGUCACUUUCACAAAAAGAAGUUCUUCGGAUGGUUGGGUUGCAAAAUCUGUGUGUACAAGAAGCAAUUUCAAACGUAUAAUGCUGUUUAAAGAAAAUGAAAUAACAGAAGGUGUUAAUACUAAUUUAUGUGGAUGUGUGCCUAACAAUGGCAAUUUUACAUAUUCAAGCAACUUCACAUACCCCGAUUGUGAUUAUAACAGCACAUAUCUUGAUUUGGAUUUGUCAAAAUUAUCAGGAAAUUCAAAAAAUUACACACUUCCUGUAUUUGAAUGGAAUACUAUUAUAAUAUCACUUCAAAAAAGUUACACAUUGACCAGUAUUAGUACAAAUUCUAUUCUCAAAUUGAAAUUACUUGUUCUGGAUAAAGACACGAAUAUAUUCUUUCGACUACCAGUUGAAAUAACAACACUUGAAGUCAAUUCACCUUCUCAGACAUGUUUUGAAUAUGGGUUGACUGUCAAUAAUAUAAUUUCAAGUACUAAUGAUGUGGUGUUAUUUUAUUUAGAAGGUUUAUUAGAGGGCUCAACAAACAAAUAA